UCUCUCCGAUCAAGCAGAUCAUCAUGAAGGUCUUCGUCGUUCUCGCCGUCAUCCUGGCAGUGUCCGCCGCCGCCCCACAGUUCGGUGGUGGCAAUGCUAACGCUAAUGCCAACGCCAAUGCUGAAUCAGAAGGCGGUUUCGGAGGACGACCAGGCGGAUUUGGAGGUCCAGGAGGAUUCGGACAAGGCGGAUUCCAAAAAGGACCAGGAGGAUUCGGAGGACCUGGUGGUCCAGGUGGAUUCGGAGCCCAAAAAGGACCAGGAGGAUUCGGAGGACCAGGUGGUCCAGGAGGAUUCGGCGGACCGGGUGGUCAAGGAGGAUUCGGAGGACAAGGCGGAUUCGGAGGACAAGGUGGAUUCGGAGGACCAGGUGGAUUCGGAGGACCAGGUGGAUUCGGUGGCAAUUCCGAGGCUAACGCUAACGCCGUCGCCAACGCUGAAGGCAAUGGUUUUGGAGGUGGCAAUGCUAAUGCCAAUGCUAACGCCAACGCCAGCUCCCGCGGUGGUGGUGCCAGCGCCAAUGCCAAUGCCAGUGCUUCUUCUAACGCCUUCGGCAAAUAAGCGGUUACGAUCCGAAUUUCUCUACUGAUUAGUUUUUUAAUAUUUAUAAAAAAUAAAAUUAAAAAAACGGAA